AUGGCAACCGCAAGCAAAGAAGCGAGCGCAUCGGUGAAAGGGAAGAGCGGAACUUCACCUACAAAUUCGAAGCCUUCUCCGAGAAAGCCCGCCUCUUCCUCUACACCUUCCGGUUCCACUGAAAAACAAUUGCCAAACUAUCUCAAGCCAACGAGAAGUUCACGCACUGAUGCUGCUGCUGCUGCCAAGGCUACAAAGAAACCUGCGACCGAAGACCCCUCCCAAAGCCCCAGUGUUAUCAGGAGAAGGUCACUUGAUAGGCCUCCGUCGGCUGCUCGAGCUCAGAAGGAACUUGAAUCUCCAGUUCGUCCUAAAACGGCAACAGCAGCAACAUCCUCGUCUCGUUCUUUGACUUCGAAACCUGGUGCUGCACCCAAGGCGCCCUUGGAGAGGGUUGCCAAAAAGCCAAAUGCUCCGACGAAAUCACAGGCAUCGACGGUGUCUUCGUCUAGGAGCUCGCACAAGUCUCCUACUACUACUAGUGCUACUAGCACUAAGACUAGGAGGGGACGAUCGACUCCUCCUUCGGCUUCAAAGAAACCUCCUAGCAGUCCUGAUAGAAAGGAAGCCCAGACUGUUGAAACCGAGCGUGAAAAUAAAGAAAAUUUGGGUCAUCAAGUUGAGCCCGAGCCUGAGACUGAGGAGGUUGUGAAAGAUGAACAAGGUGAAGUGGAUGAUACAGAAACACCAAAAACUGAUCAGGGUGAAGCAAAUGGCACCAGAACACCAAAAUCUGAUAGGGGUGAAGCGGAUGAUGCGAGAACACCAAAAUCUGAUAGGAGUCAAGCGGAUGAUGCGAGAACACCAAAAUCUGAUGGGGGUGAAGCGGAUGAUGCGAGAACACCAAAAUCUGAUGGGGGUGAAGCGGAUGAUGCUAGAACACCAAACGCUGGUCAAGAUGAAUUGAAUGAUGCCAUAGCACCAAAUGCUGAUCAAGGUGGAGCGUAUGAUGCCAUAGCACCAAACGCUGAUCAAGGUGAAGCGGAUGGUGCCAAUCUACCAAAAGCUGAAGAGAGUGGAACCGCGAAAGCCAAGGUCGUCGUGGAAGACGAAGAUUCUACUCAAGUCACAAGUGUUGUUGAUAGAGGAGGACAAGAUACCGAUGAUAUUUCUAGUGCAAUUUCGGAACAACAAAACGGAAGUAAUAUUUCUAGUGCAGUUUCGGAACAACGAAAUGAAGGAGAUAUUUCUAGUGCAGUUUCGAAACAACAAAAUGAACCUGAUAUUUCCAGUGCAGUGUCGGAACAACAAAAAGAACUCGAUGGUUCUAGUGCAGCUUCGGAACGACGAAAUGAACAUGAGCCUAUGCCUGACCCUGAACCUGAGCCUCAUACUGAAACAGUGAAAGAUAAGGUUGAGGAAGUAAAAUCUGAUCAUAUUCGGCAGCAUAAUGGUGGAGAUAAGGAGAAUCUAAUCCAAGAGGAAAUCAUUGAUGGUGAUAACCCCCAACAGGAAAAGGCUCAUCGUAAGGAUAGAGAGGCGACAACUGAAACCGAACAUGGGGUAGAGCAUGAUGUAACCGAAGAGGUGGGUUCCACUAAAGAAAUCGAAGAAAAAGAAGAACCUAGGCAGGAGGAGGACAAUGAAGUCAGCCUGCAGCAGAGGCUUGAAUUCAGUAUAGAAGAAACGGUUCAAGAAUUAGAUGCAAAGCAAAAGGCAGAGCCUGAGGCAGAAACAAAGACAGAGGUAAAGGCGGAAGCAAAGACAGAGCCAAAGACAGAGGUAAAGGAAAAGGCAGACACAGAGGCAGAGACGGUGAUAAUGGAAAAACAAAAGACAGAGGUAAAGGCAGAAGCCAAGGCAGUGGUAAAGGAAGUGCCAAAAACAGAGUUAAAGGCGGAAGCCAAGACAGUGGUAAAGGCAGAGCCAAAAACAGAGGUAAAGGCAGAACCAAAGACAGAGGCAAAGACAGUGGUAAAGGCAGAGGCAGACACAGUGGGAAAGACAGUAGUAAAGGUUAAGCCAAAGAAGGCAAAUAUUAUCGUCAAGAGCCAAGUACAAGGAACGAAGGUAUCUGCAACACCGUACAAUAAUGUGAUCGAAGAAACAGCCACUAAGCUAGUACAACAGAGGAGGAACAAAGUUCUCGCACUGGCUGGGGCAUUUCAAAAUGUCAUAGAUAAAGAAACUUCUAAAGCCAGAUCAACAUGAUUUUCCUCCAAAAUGGGU